GUAGAAGUGGUGAAUGAUUGGCCGCGCCCCUACGCACGAGCCAGGAAAAGAACGGACGGGGAGUUAACGUCAAGAAAGAAGAGCCGAGUCGAGGCGGCUGGAAGACGUGCUCGUCGGACACAUUGUCUCCCGCUUAAUCCUCUUGAAAAUGGCCUAUCACAGUCCUUACAGAGCUCCCCCGCAUAUCAACACCCCUCCGGAUCAGAGCUUUCUGUGGAAUAUCUUCCAGAGGGUGGACAAGGACCGCAGUGGGGUGAUAUCGGACUCGGAGCUCCAGCAGGCCUUAUCCAACGGGACAUGGACGCCGUUCAACCCUGUGACGGUGCGCUCCAUAAUCUCCAUGUUCGACAGGGAAAAUAAGUCCGGGGUGAACUUCAACGAGUUUGCAGGCGUGUGGAAAUACAUCACGGACUGGCAGAACAUCUUUCGGACCUACGACAGGGACAACUCGGGCUUCAUCGACAAGAACGAGCUCAAACAGGCACUGACCGGAUUCGGUGAGCCGCAAAGCUAUCGCCUAUCGGACCAGUUCUACGGUACGCUGAUCGAGAAGUUUGAUCGACAGAGGAAGGGACAGGUGGCCUUCGAUGACUUCAUCCAGUGCUGUAUUGUGCUUCAGAGGUUGACGGACGUUUUCAGAAGGUACGACACAGACCAGGAUGGCUGGGUCCAGGUGUCCUAUGAACAGUAUCUAUCCAUGGUCUUCAAUAUCGUGUAAUGGCACACCAAGAGGAGCACACCUAACCGGACACAAUUGUGCACUUGCCGGAUGUCCGCCAUGAUGGACGCUACAAGAUUCCUCCCCCGAAGCCCACUGACAGCUGACCCGACGUCGGCCCCCCCCGCUCACGCACAUUUGUAGGGUCGACGCAAACGAGAGAAUAGCCAAGGUGUGUCUGAAAAGUUCUGGGAUUGGCGACACAAAAUAUAUUUCAAACACAAUCCUCCCUGGGCUCCAUAAUGCACUUUCCCAUCCUUCAGCACACCUGGGAGGAUUCUUUCGGCCAUCUUGACGUUGCCCCCCCACCACCCCCACCCCAUUUCAAAAUGGUCACAAAGGAGAAAUCACACAAAGUCAGGCCAGGGCGAGUAGGGAGAUGACGUCAGGCCAGCCUCGUUCUUCUCAGACAGGAAGUGUCAGAUGCUCAGGGUAUUGUGAGCGGGCAUGCUUUCAUGGUGACGCAGCCACAAGCGGUCCUGCCGCAACUUUCGCCUCCUCUCGCGCGCUAAACGAAGCAAGGUGGUGUACUCGAUCGAUCAUUUGUCUGGACAACAUUCAGGGCGCUCAGAGUUAGUAGCUGGGCUUUGGAAUAUAUCUUUAGUGACCCCAGUCCUGGAACUUUGCUGACAUAGCUCAUUUUCGAGGCCUUUUGUGUCUGUGUCUCGCCCUCUCCCAAGUUGCAAGUACGAACGAACGCUUGUGUAUUUUAAAAACAAAAUCUUGUGGUGUUUUGCUGGAGUACCGCACCAUAUUUAUGUAUGUAUGGGGCCACUGCAAAUUAGGGAUGACAGUGGUGUCUUGAGAUAUGAGUCACCCAAUAGAAACGUUUUUAGAUCAGAUACGAGCCAUCAUUUGGCCUUUUCUUCUUCUUUGACUUGCCAAAGAUGAGUUAUUCCCGCUGUGUGUGCGAUAGACAUGGAAAUACUGCAUGAACAAAUGGAAAACCGUGGGAUUCGUAACAUCGCAAUGAACUGCGUCUCCUACUCAGACUGCCCCCAAAUGGCCAAGGCGUGCGCAAAUGGAGGAGGCAUAUCAUGCCAAAUCGAGCCUUUUCUUUUUUUGUCGAGCUCUUAGCCAAUUCCUCAGCAAAGACACCCUCAACGUGGUGUUUUUCCUCCCUCCUGCUCAUGCCUCCUCUUGAAGCGCCAACGCCCAUCCAUCCAUCACAAAAAGCGAGGAGCCGCCCCUGCAGACCAACCACACCUGCCUUCUCGCUCAGAGCAACUUGAGCUCACUUGUUUGUGGCCGUUCUGAUUUCGCUACUCUUCAAAUAAAUUGUCAAAGGUUUCCAUUUGUAACCAGGACGGGGUUUUUGUGAACCUGGGGUCUUCCGGCUUGUGUACAAGUAAUUUCAAACAAUUUAGAUCGCCCUUGAGCCACAGGAAAUACGGAAUCAUAUACUGCACAUGCCUCUAAUGAACUUUGGAAAGCUUCAAAUGGCUUGGCACAGACCCUUUAAUUGAUGUGGUGGCCCCCCCCAACCAAAAAAACGUUACAUUCUAUUCAUUUAUGGUUUUAUAAAACGGUACGGAGUGCUAUUUUCCUGUCUAUUAUAAUGCAUUUUCACGGAGAAAGAGUGAUUUGACAUCUGAGCGUUUUGAGUUAUAAAACUCGUAUCUCAAGGGACCGCAGUUUAACUCUUGACACAACGUAUUUGUAGGAGUCGGUCUGUCUGUUAUUGUCAUUUUAAUGUCUCGACUUUUAUUAGAAUCCUAAUGAAAACGCUUCGUUGAUACCAGAGUCGUUUGCAUGAUUUUCGGGGAUUUUUAAUCCUAAAGUCGUAGCAUGCUCGACUUUCUCUCAUCUCUUUCCUUCUGUUUGAAGCCAUGUUUACGAAUACUGUGAAAGCGGUGCUGCGUCCUGCUUUGAAAUUGACAUGCCAGCUUACAUGCCAUAUUUGUACAAAGUUAUUUUUAAACAUCCAAAAAACUAUCGGAAGAGAUCGCGCAGAACGCCAUAGGUAUUUCUUAUUCUUGUGCAUGAUGCCUUAAAAGAGUUUGAAAGACAACAAGUGAAUUCUUUCAUUAAAAACAAAACGAAAAAUGAA